AUGGGAUCGAGCGCCAAAAAGAAGAGAGAAAAGAAGCAAGACUUCCAAAAGACCAAGCUCAAAGUCGGCAAGACAAAGGCAAAGGCGGCAAACUUCACCGACACGAGUUUCAAGGCAAAGUCGAUUGUCCUUAACCAGCAGUCGCUCUCGACAGCGGCGCCUUCCCUCGACCAGCAGUUUGCCCACCAGCUGUCGCUCGUCAGCUCCAAGACCGAUUCUCAGCGCCGCGAUGCCAUCAACUACCUGACCAACACCAUCACUGAACGCCCGGACAACCUUCCUUUGCCCGUUGCGACCAUCCUACCAAAGAUUCAGCCUUUGAUUCUGGACGCUUCAAAUUCUGUCCGCGCCGCUCUCACAAAACUGCUGCGUGCUCUACCACCUGCUCAUGUUGCCACACAUGUCGACCACAUGCUGCUCUACGUGCGCGCUGGUAUGACCCACCUGGCCGCCGAAAUCCGCAACUCCUCCCUCGAUGUGCUCGAAUGGCUGCUACAAACCGCCGGCCAAGAACUCGUCAGCUGCGCCGGCGGCUGGCUCAAGACUCUCCACUGCUUCCUGACUCUCUUGGGCUGGCACUCAACGACACAGCCUGGUAACUGGUCCUCCGAACGCACAGUCUCCUUCGGCAAGCCUGGUUCUGCUGCCUCGAAACUGCUUAUCAAGCAACUGAACAUCUUGACCAUGUUCUUGCGUGCUGGUUUUACCGAUGCAGCAGGUUCUGAACAAGCACUAGCGAAUGCCUCCUGUUUCCCUCUUUGUAGCACUGAGCAUCAAGUUCUCUAUGCCCGUUCAAACCCCUUCCGCGGACUCAACCUCUUUGGCGCACCAAAGGAUGCCGAAAAUGCCAUGUACGACGACGCCGAGGCUCGGAAAAGAGCUUUCGAUGAUGCUGCUGUGCGAGCUGUUGCCCGUGGUAUCCAAGCGGCCAAGAAGGAAGGCGGUGAGAUUGGAAGAGCAGCUUCUGGGUUGGAGAAAGCUUUGGUCGAUGGUAUGGGAGAAUUUCAUCGGGAUGCAGAGUAG